UCAUAUCUGUAGCAGGCCGUAAUUGUUUUUAAGAGAUACUGUAUUGUUUUCAUAUCUGUAGCAGGCCGUAAUUGUUUUUAAGGGAUACUGUAUUGUUUUCAUAUCUGUAGCAGGCCGUAAUUGUUUCAUUUUAGAAAGUAUAGUCUUUAAAUGAGUUUUUAGUUAUCAAACUUGAUUAAUUGAGAUUUAUAUAUUCUUGUAUUACCUGCAAUAUGUCUGGCAGUAUACCUUUCUUGAGCUCAUCAUUAGAUAUUCAGAUCUGCAAUGUCAAGCCAAUUCCUGAACUACGCCCUGAGUUUGAGGGUCAGCAUGUUCCUGAGAAGGUUUUAAGCUACUACUUAGUCAAUGAUGUUCGAACCUUUCAGUUUGAUAGACCUGUCCACAAGGGGCCAAUAGCAAAAGAUAAUGAAUUUAAGAGUUUAUGGAUCGAACGCACAACCCUUACCAUAGGUUCUCGUCUCCCAGGAAUUUUACGAUGGUUUGAAGUGACCGAUCGUCAAGUGGAGGAAAUUUCACCAAUUGCACAUGCCUGUGAAACUGUCGACCACAUGAACAAGGAACUGCGACGACUAAUAGCCCAAUAUACUAAUGACCCCAAACGGUCUAUUAGCCCGCUCAGCAUGCGACUUCAGGGAGUAAUUGAAGCUGCAGUAAAUGGUGGUAUUGCCAAGUAUCAAGAAGCUUUUUUCACUGCCGGUUUUGCUACUCAGAAUCCUGAACAGACUGAGUACAUUGACAGGCUCAAGAUUCUCAUAUUAGAAAAGGUUCAGAUCCUGGAAGGUGGUUUGUCUCUCCAUGGAAGACUGGCUCCUCCAGAAGUCCUCCCCCUACACCACCGGCUUGUUGAUAGGUUUGCUGCCAUGAAACAAUCGAUCAGAGAAUCGGGCUCCCCAAACAUGGUGGCACGCUUAAAUAUUGGAAGAAAGGGAGAAUUACCCCACAUGUCUGGGGAAACAGGGGAUGUAAGAAAGACGUCAAUUGUCCACACUCCCCUUCCUCCAGUUCCAGCAGAAGUUCCCUUAAAGAAGCCUCCACCAGACUCUACUAGUAAUCGAUCUUCUUCCUCAGGGUCAAGUGGGUAUGGUCAGAUUUUACCGGAAGGGUCAGAUGAGGAUGAUUUUUAUACCAAGCCUCAAGACUAUGCAGAGCCUAGGAGUAUAGUUGACAGGCCUCUUCCCCAACCCCCUACACGAGCUCUAGGACUUUUACCCCCUGGUGGUCCCCCGCCUCUUCCUACUCGACCCCGCUCGGUCAUCCUGGGUCCCUCAACUGAUACUAGGGGAUCUGAGCGACCUUCUCGAAUAGUUUCCAACUCUCGAGACUUUUCACAACCACGUACGGAUUCAGCUGAAGACUUCUUUGGCUAUGCAUCACCCUCACCCCAGCAGCAUGGAGCAUAUAGAGCAGGAAGUCCAAACAGGUGGUCCCAUUCUUCCGGAAACACUUCACCAUCAUCAAUGACCCGGAAGAGUUGGUCAGAGUCAAGUUGUCCAGAUGAUGCCCCGCCCUUACCCCCACGUUCUGAUAAAGGAAAUGAAAAACGUUUGACCACUACUUUAAAUGGUUCACUAGGUACUGAUGAAUCAAAGCCUGCACUUCCCCAUCGUGUGGUCAGGAAACAAGGAUCAGCUCCAUCAGUGAUGCUUCAAACACAAGAAACUCAGUCUUUAUCAGUAUAUUUAGAUUCUACAGCUUCAUCAUCAUAUGAGGCUUCACCAUUACCUUGCUCUCCUGUACAGACCCCUGAGACUUCGGUCUCUUUUGCUCGAGAGCUACCUCGACCUCCACCUCCCAUCCCGGCCAAAAGAUCUCUUAACGGUGGACGAAAUUUCAACCCUCCCACACCUCCAAACACACCCCUUGAUUCUCCAUCAGUAACUCCGGACUCUCCAUCUCGAAGCAUGUACUCUGUGACUUCCUGUCGAACUUCUGUGUCUGGCCAGAGUGCAUCGUCAGCCAGCCAUGACUCCUAACUGUUUUUAAAGUGAUGGUUGAGGGUCGUGUUCCACAUAUCAUGCUGUGUUAUUUAAUGUAGGACCAUUAAAUAUUCCUCACUUGUUGGUCGUAGCCAAGAACUAUGGAAAAUUGACUAGAUAUCGGUGUUUGUUUUUUAUUAGCUCACACUCAUUCUUGUGCUUGUAAGUUCCAUCAAAACAUAUAUGUGAAUAAUAUUUCGUAUUAAGUCGAUUUUUCUCCCCACUGGAUGGGAUAUUAUUCAUUUCAUCAAUUUUUUGUGCUUUUUUUUCGAUCCUUUCAAUUCUUUGUGUGAACAACACUGUUAUUCUCCUCUUUUCUCACUUUUGUAGGUCACAAGACAUUGUUUAAGGGUAGUAAUAACCAAAUUUGAUGUCUCGUUUGAUAUAACUGUGAACUAUUGUGUUAUUAAAUUCAUAACUAGAUUGUUAUUAUUCAAUAAAAAAUAAAACCUGCUGACCUUGAUGUGAGAUAAUAGACUAGCAAAUAACAAUUUGUUACGUUAUUUUGUGUGAA